AUGCACAAUACCCAGCCGCUCAGACCGCCCAGUGUGCUCUUGCCUCCUGUAAAAAGGGCACUGAUGCUCUCCACGGCGGAAAUGGAGGACUUGGUCUCACAACUUGCCCACAUCUACACACCGCAAGUCCUCGGCACCCAGUUCACCGUCGCGACACCGCAAAUCAAGUUUUCUCGCAAAGGUGGAGGAUGGGUUAGUCAGAAGAAGUCCGUCUCAGUACACGACUCUGGCUAUACUUCGGUCGUCGUUUCGGACAAUGAGGAUGACAGCGAAGACGAUGACUACAAGGCACUCCAAGCAGCCGUCGAGUCCCUUGCGAAUACUCUCUCGACUGCUCACCUCGAUGUCCCCUCUCAAACAACCGAGCUUGACACGCUCAGAGCGGACGAAUUUGAGCGUACCUACGCCAUGAAAUGGCUCACGGGUCUUGUUUCUUUCUCAGAGGAAUGGAUCGACGCCAGCAGCGGUGAAGACGACGGCGCGUCCAACAGAGAGGCUAUCGUCGAAAAAGCAUCUGCACUCCUCGCUGCCUGCUCUGGCUCCUCUGCGUCGGGUGCCGUUACGAGGUCCUUUACAUUUGCACCCAAAUUCACAGCAUCAAAGCCCCGACCCAGCUCACCAAUGUCAUUCCAGAUUCAGCUCAAGGAUGACUCGUUGCCCUCUCAAGAUCACACAGCCGUCGGUCUCCAGACGUGGGGGAGUGCGCCAAUUCUCUGUCAGCUCAUCUCCGACGUACCGUCACGCUUCGGGCUGGACCUUGCUCGCCGUUCAGCCGCGACGAACGGGACGUUACGCAUACUCGAACUCGGUGCUGGUACUGGGCUUUUAUCCCUCUUUCUGUGGCGUCUGCUCGAAUACCAAAUGCUGUACGUCACGUCGAGGAGUGGCGUGAACCCGUGGAACGAAGUGUCCAUUCUCGCGACAGAUUAUCAUCCAUCCGUGCUCUCCAACCUGGCGUUCAACCUCGAACUCAACCGUCCUGCCGCUGCCUUGCACGACGGUCGUCCACGCCCGACUCUCCUUGCCAAGGCGCUCGACUGGGUAGACUGUCCAGAGGUGGAAGACUCUGAGAAGUACGACAUCAUCUUCGGGGCCGAUAUCGUCUAUGAACCCGAGCACGCGCCACUUAUCAAGGCUGUUGUCGAAAAGGUCCUCAAAAGACCCUCAGGGAGCAAAAACGAUGACAGUUCGAGUGUGACAGAGAGACGAGGAGGAAUCUUUUGGCUGAUGUAUCCAAUCCGUCCAACUCAUUCGGCCGAGGUGCGCAGUAUCGCCGCAGCCUUUGCGGAGGCGAGGUCCAUUUCGUCCGAGGAUACAUUUGAAAGACAAGGUGAUUGGACUCUGGGUGUUCUCGAAUCUCAACAUCUCGAGCGGCGCAAGGGAAUCGGGCGGGCGGAUGAAGUCACUUACUGCUUGCUGAAGAUUGGAUGGGUUUGA